GAUAAUAUGUGAUACUAUGAGCUGCGGCGCUUGGCAUAAGAGGGUUCGAUAUCGUACCCUCGACUUGAUGGCUGCUGUUUCUGAUAGUCAUCGUAGGGGCGUUUUCUCGUAGAUGCAAGUUCUAACUCUUCGUUACGGUAUGAAGCUUGGGCAUUAAGAUCAGUGUUUCGAGCCCCUCGGAAAUCUGCCGGCAUGUCGUUCGGUCCAUUUCUACCUCCUCCUCCAUUGGGACCGCUAGAACGACUGCCUCUAUCCGAAUGACGAUCYUGGAAAUGCAUGUUCUGSCCAGGAGGUCCCCUUGGGGCACGUGGACCACCUCUGCCGUCCAUGGAGGGACGCCGAUCAUCGGAAUAGUAACUCUGGUCGGGACGGGACAUGGAUGACCUUCCGUCACGUUCGUCACGACCCCGGCGAUCCAUGCCAGCUUGCCMCCGCAGGUUUGGGUCGUAAUCUCGGUUGGUUGAUCUCAUGUUGUCGCGACCAGAAUCAUCCCAGUUGCGGACGCCUCCACGCCGUUCGUCAUACUCAUGUUGCCUUUCACCGCCACGCCUGUCGCCGUCAUUGCCGAUUCCAGGCCUGCCACCUUCGUAACCAUAACCUCUCUGGCUUCUGCGAUGGUCGAUCCCGUUUUCGGGUCGAUCACCUCGACUUCCCCUAUCACCAUGACCCUCUUGAUCACCGAAUGCACCUCGACGUGGAGCGUCUCGUUGUCCCCCUCUCCACUCAUCUCCGUACCGCUGGUCUUGAUUAUUCCUGGGGGAUUCUCCGGUGCGACCAUAAUUGCUAGAAGCACGGUCAGGCAUUCGAUCGUCUCCCGAGGGUCUAGCCGAAUCCGGACCACGAUCUGGAAAUCGAUCAUCUCUGGAUUUUCGGAACGAGAAAGAUCUUCUGUCGACGGGAUGAUCCAAUUCUCGUCGCUUAUCAUCUGGGGAUCUGUAAGGAGGAACCGGAUCGCCGUCCCGAAUGAAAGUUCCAGGUGGUCCUUGUCCUGGGCGGGCGGGACGAAAUCGAGGGCGUACUUGCUGCACCACAUCCGGGAAUUUAUUGGCGGUUGUCUCCUCCUCUUUGAAACGGGUAUAYCCUUCGAGAUCAAAUCGAAUCCUUCCACCAUUCUUCUUCACCACCUCGAUCAACGCCGACUUAUUGAUGUGAAUUCUUCCCUUAUUUGGUUGCGGUGUUUCGUGGAUUUCCAUAUACUUGAGCAUAGCUCUCACUCGUAAUCUCAUCCCAUCRUCGUUCAURCGCGCUCCWCGGGAACGAGUCUUUCCGUAACCGGUGACAAUAGAAAUACUUUGGACAGCUUCGAGCUUCGAUGUAUUGAUGAGAUAAGGCACCAGGCAUUCCUCGAACCACCAACCCAAAGCAAUUUCACCACCACCUAGAGACAAGAAAUGCAAAUCGAGCUCAAGCCACUGAGUUCCAAGYCGAGAGACUCGGGCGUAAAAGCCUCUUUCCACUCCUUUACAGUCGAUAUCAAUUAAGGUCGCAGGCACAAUUUCAAGGUGAGGAAAUAGUUUGAUGAAUACACAAAUCAUAUAUCUWCAAAUCCAGACAAAUYCGUACCUUCCUUGAAGAGUCUUCUGCCAAGUUCDACUUGAGAAGAAACUGCAUCAAGCACUGCGUUGUAUGUCACCACGUCCUUGUUAACUCCAAUUCGAUCCAUUUCCACGAAGAGUUCGUAUCCCUUUUCCCACAGAUUACAGCGGGCACAGGCACUGAUGGCACUAUUAUAGAUGUGCACAUUUGGCGCAACAUCUUCGAGCCUCAUUCGUUCCAUUAGUUGAAAACCAAUAUCAGCUCGACACGAUUUCUCCAUGCAUGACAUUGCAGCUCCAAAAAUAAUAACAUUUUUCUUGAUUCCCAUUUCGGUCAUUUCGUCUAAAUAUUCCAGGCAUUGGCGAUACUGUAAACCUUUCUCGCAAGCACUAAUCGCACUGCCAUAGCUAACAACGGUGACAGGCAUGUUCUUUGAUUUCAUCUCGUCAAAUAGAUCGAGAGCUCUUUCCCACUGCAGUCCCUUUUCAAGCGCAGUCCUAGAUAUUGAUACAGAACGAAAGAACAAUAAGCGCAGGGUWGAAAACUAUUUGUUAGGAGAAAUUGGACACAAAAUCAARUACGUACGAUUUUGGCUGCGACGGAUAACUUACAUUGUGGCAUUAUACGUAACAAUGCUUGGCUUCCCACCCGAUGAUUCGAUUUCACGAAAUAAUUCYAACGCCUUGUGCCACAUUUGACCUUUCGAAAGAGCCGAGAUGGCAGCACUGUAAGCAAUGACGUUUGCUCCAUGGCCUGCGGCUUUCAUUUCCUCGAGAACUUCAAGUGCAAGCUUCCACUGCUGGCCCUUUUCCGCGGCACUGAUCAGGGCAGAGUAAGUCACGACAGUUGGCCGGACCCCUUCUCUCUUCAUCUGCUCAAAUAUUUCAAGGGCCUUAUGCGGAACCAAUCCUUUUUCGCAUGCACUAAUGGCAGCAUUGUAUGCAAUAGCAGUUUGGCCUGCGCCCUCUUUUUUCUAUCAGGAAAAAAACAAAUGGAAGGGAAUAGAUAACAAAAACUAUUGGAUGACAGGUUUGGGCUUUGGGAAAAAUAGAGUAACAAUAAGCAAAAUUCUAGUGCCUUACCAUUUGGUCAAGCAAAUCCAAAGCAAUCCUCCACUGUCCACACUUUUCACAAGCUGAAAUGGCCGAAGAAAAUCUGAAAGAUCAAUAGUUGAGAAAGAAACGAUAGAAAAGAAACGACGAUAAAGUAAGAACAAAAGACGGGAUWUAAGUCGCAGAUUUUMAAGUUGAGAUGCACAUUUACCGUACUCACGUUACUUCAUUUUUGGACACCUUCUUUUCUUUCAUUUCAUCCAACAACCUCAAGGCCUUGUUGUAAUCGCGAACUUUUUCGCACGCGCUAAUCAUUGCAUUAUAGUGGAAAGUAUUCUUUUCAAUCCCAAUGUGAUCGAUCCAGUCCCAAACACAAUUCGCAAUGCGUAAAUUCCGUCGGCGAGCCAAGUUGGAGAUGAUGGCGGUGACAGCCUUACCAGAUUGAAACACCGCCAUAUUGCUCUCUCUUGUGAUGCCAAGCUCACGGUAGAUAUCACAACCUGGACGAACCAAACGAUCGACCAAAGCCUGUAUAUCGAGCCCCAUGAUGAYUUGUUGCCCCCCACGACCACCGCCGCGGUCAUCGCGGUCGCCAUAGUAGGAAGGCCGUCUGUCCCCUCUGGCACCGCGAAAGCUGGAGCCAGGAUCGCCACGAUAUGGAGUAUCACGCCGUGCUCGACCUCUUCCUCCUCUCCCUCUUCCACCCCCCUGGUAGGAGCUAGAGCUGCGGCGACCACCGUCAUCGCGACUAACGCCGCCUCCACCGUAGUGCGAAUCUCGCUGGUCCCGGCCUCCACUACCACGUCCACUUCCGUUGAAUGGCCCRUUGUUUCCACCACUAUAACGCGUUGGCAUGGGACCUUCACCGCCCCUUCCUCUUUCCGAUUUAUUGCUGUAUCGAGAAUUGUCCCGCUGAGGGCCACCACCAUUCUCGCCGUUUCCGCCUGGAUUGUCCAUGUUGGCUACAUCGCGUUCUCGUUGAUUGGCUCUCUCGAGGUAGCCUCGUUUGAAGUGAUCGAGUGGCUGUGGUGCUAGGUUGGGAGCAUCCUCCGAUCCCGGGACAAAAUUCUCCCCAUGAUCAACAACGUAAGCCCUCGAGUUCCCGUGCCUUUUGGUUCGGAUAGUAUGUGRUGUAAAAGAAUUCGCGCAAGAAAAACCGACCCGAUUAUUGUAUUGUUUUUCCAAGGAACAGUUGGAUUGUUGGAUGUGAUUCCCGCACGAAAUUGAUGCAUGACAACGAAUGAAAUUAGGAUGAUUGG